GCCACCUAUUCGUUCCGCUACCUCGCCUCGCUUCUCUUCCACUUCCAGCUAGCAAAGCAGCUCACCCGCAACGCAACGCACCAAAGCUGGCCUCGCGCUCGCGCUCGCACUGACAGCCUUGCCUUGCUCGCCCUCCUCCUCCUCCCCUAUAUCUCUUCUCCCUCCUCCGCCGCCGCCUCCUCCCCCUCAAUCCCCACCACCUCCUCUCAACUAAUCCCACCCCGGCAUCCCGUGCUCUCUCCUCCUCGUAGCACGUUCACGCGCGGCCGGGCUUGGGAGCACGUAUCUUUCUUGAUCUUGGAGAGGAGAUGGCGGAGGAGCCGCAGCCUGAGGCCGCCGCGGCGACCGAGGUGGCCGUGACCGAGAAGGCGCCGGCUGAGGCGGUGGCGGAGAAGAAGGCGGAGGAGGCGACUCCUGCGGUGGAGGCUGAGGCGCAGGAGGAGAAGAAGGAUGAGGAGGAGGUGGCGGCGGCGGCGGCCGGUGAUGACGGGGGUGCCAUAGAGGGGACUGGUUCGUUCAAGGAGGAGAGUAACCUGGUGGCUGAUCUCCCCGACCCGGAGAAGAAGGCGCUUGAUGAGUUUAAGCAGCUGAUCGCCGCCGCCCUCGCCGCCGGUGAGUUCAACCUGCCUCCCCCUCCGCCGCCACCGAAGGCCAAGGCUGAAGCCGCCGCCGAGGAGACCAAGACGGAGGAGGCCAAGGCCGAGGAGCCGGCCAAGGCUGAGGAGCCGGCCAAGGAGGAGCCCAAGGCCGAGGUGGCGGCGGCCACGGCGGAGGCAACAACCGAGGAGCCAAAGGCCGAGGCGUCGUCCGAAGAGCCCAAGGCUGAGGCGGCGUCCGACGAGCCCAAGGCCGAGGAACCGGUCAAGGAGGAGCCCAAGGCUGAGGCGGCGCCGGCGGCGGUUGAAGAAGCCAAGCCGGCCGAGCAGGAGCCGGAGGAGAAGACGGUUGUGGUCACCGAGGAGGCGGCCACCAAGACGGUUGAGGCGAUCGAGGAAACCGUCGUGCCCGCUGCCGCGCCUGCGGCCUCCGCCUCAGAGGAAGCGGCCGCGCCGGCGCCGGAGCCAGAGGCACAGGCCGCGGUGCCUGAGCCCGUAUUGAUCUGGGGUGUGCCGCUGGUAGGCGACGAUGAGCGUACCGACACGGUGCUGCUCAAGUUCCUGCGCGCGCGCGAGUUCAAGGUGAAGGAAGCCAUGGCGAUGCUCAAGUCGGCCGUGCUGUGGCGCAAGCGCUUCGGCAUCGAGUCGCUCCUCGACGCCGACCUCGGCCUACCGGAACUUGACAACGUGGUGUUCUACCGUGGCGCCGACCGCGAGGGCCACCCCGUGUGCUACAACGUCUACGGCGAGUUCCAGGACAAGGACAUGUACGAGAAGGCGUUCGGCGACGAGGAGAAGCGGGAGCGCUUCCUCAAAUGGCGCAUCCAGCUUCUGGAGCGCGGCAUCCUGUCGCAGCUGGACUUCUCACCGAGCGGCAUCUGCUCCAUGGUUCAGGUUACAGACCUCAAGAACUCGCCACCUAUGCUCGGCAAGCACCGCGCCGUCACCCGCCAGGCCGUAGCGCUGCUCCAGGACAACUACCCCGAGUUUAUCGCCAAGAAGGUGUUCAUCAAUGUGCCAUGGUGGUAUCUCGCUGCCAACAAAAUGAUGAGCCCGUUCCUCACGCAGCGUACUAAGAGCAAGUUCUUAUUUGCCAGCCCAGCCAAAUCAGCAGAGACCCUCUUCAGAUAUAUCGCACCAGAGCAAGUCCCUGUCCAAUUCGGAGGCCUCUUCAAGGAGGAUGAUCCUGAGUUCACCACCUCUGAUGCUGUUACCGAGCUCACAAUCAAAGCUUCGUCGAAAGAAACCGUUGAGAUUCCUGCCUCUGAGAACUCCACGAUUGUAUGGGAGCUUCGAGUGCUUGGAUGGGAGGUAAGCUAUGGGGCAGAGUUCACUCCUGAUGCCGAGGGUGGAUACACGGUCAUCGUGCAGAAAACAAGGAAGGUGCCUGCAAAUGAGGAACCAAUCAUGAAAGGCAGCUUCAAGGUUGGUGAGCCUGGAAAGAUUGUGCUGACGAUCAACAAUGCUGCAUCAAAGAAGAAGAAGCUCCUCUACAGAUCCAAGGUCAAGAGCACCAGUGAGUCCAUCUGAGGUUGCAGGCUUGCAGCUGCCUUGGGUCCCUGCAGUUCAUGAUCACCAGAUUCAUCACAACGCCAGUCGAACUUAUUCCCUGAUAGAAAAGAAACCUUUCGGUUUUGGUUCUUUAAUUUAUUGGUUUUGCUGUUUUGGUUCACAUUUUGUAUUUGUUUAAUUAAAAACCAAAGUGAGCUUGUUUUGUGAUAAUUGAAGGAGAGGGUUGAUAUGAUAUAAUGACAUCGUGAUGGUUGUUGAGGGCAGAGGACAAAAAUUGAGGAAGGACUGAAGAAUAUCUGCUGCUCUGUAUAUCUGUCUGUACAUUGCAUCUCUGGAUUCUCAUGGACCUGUUAAAUUUAGAAGUACUUGUCAUCAUUCACCAAUCCAUGUUACCCAAUAUAUUGUCUUAAUUUC